ACCAACGCUUGCAGCCGUCCGCUUCUUCAACGUACCUUCGCUCAAGUCUUGUUGUUCCUGCCAGAGUGUUGGUGGUACCCGCUCUGACUGUGCGCCAAAGCUCCAACGCUCCCAACCACAACGCACGACAAUCACUCCACCGAUUCGGAAACGCCAAACCUCCAUCAUCAAUCGCUCACGAUGGCGCGCAAACGUAAAGUCGUAGAUGAGAAGUCCGCGCAUACUGGGUCUACUCCCCCAGCCAGCGAUGCGACAGACCCCGCCGCGAAGAAACGAAAGAUUGACUGGUCGACGGUAGACAACUUUCCUGGCUUCAAAGUCAUAGGUGUCGACACCAAGGCACGAAAGAAGCCAGGCAAAGCUUCAACUACACAAGAAAAGCGCAGUGCAAAUAGUUGGGAGCACCACAAAUACCCUGGUCACCUUAUGCCUUUGGACGCAGACAUCGUACAGCCAAAUCCAUUCCAAGGAGCUCCACUGGGCGACCUCCAUGUCAAGAUCUCACCUGCACGAUACUGGGAGAGUACAAACCGCUAUCGCAAGUUUACUAUAAACGGUGAAGAAUUCCAAGUUGGCCAGAUGGUCUUUGUGAGAAAAAGCGAACAGGAUCACGUAGAGGAGGGACCAGACUCAAUCCAGCACUGGCUCGCCAAGGUGCUUGAGGUACGCGCCGGAGACGCCUCUCAUGUCUACCUCAGAGUGUUUUGGGCAUACCGACCGGAGGAUCUACCGGGUGGCCGGCAACCGUACCAUGGCAGAGCCGAGCUGAUAAUCAGCAACCACAUGGACAUAAUAGAAGCCGUCACAGUAGAAUCUUCUGCAGAGGUGGCACAUUGGAACGACGACCCAGACAGCAUGGCACUUCUGGCAGACCAGCUGUUCUUCCGUCAAAGCUACGAUAUCACAAAGAAGACCAAUCGUUUAAGCAAACUGAACACCUAUUGUAUCGACAAGCAGCCCAGCAAUCCGGACGAGCUUCUUGUCCAGUGUCCACAUUGUUCAGAAUGGCUUCACGCAGGCUGCCUGAAAGAGCGAGCGCUCCAAGACCUGAGCGCAAAACAAGUGGCGUCCCCACCAAAACCAAAGAAACGAGGUCGGCCCAGCAAGGGCGAACUCGCAUCGAGCCAGAGCGAAGCCACACACACCUUCGAGGCAAAGAUCAAGGGAGGCAGCAAGACUCGCCUCACAAUCAUGGAGAAGCAUGAAGGAAAGACCAAACGGAAGUGGGAUGUAGACAUAUCGUGUCUCAUGUGCGGCGAGAUAAUUGAGAAGGCUGGAGAAGAUACAUCAGAGAAUGCUGGGGAAGAUACAUCAGAGAAGGCUGGGGAAGAUACAUCAGAAAAGCCUGUGACUUCGACUCCAGUCGCUCAAGCCAGCGAUGAUGUAGACGUCAGAGACAUCACCACUCCUACUAAGGCAUCUGGUGUUGGCCAAACGUCAACCCGGGAUGGUGACGCAGACUCAGUCAUCAGUGACGCAGACGACGAUCAAGAAGUUGAGGUCAAAGAUGCGCCAACAGCUGAUACUGAGUCAAAGGGUGAGACUGCUGAACCAUCCUCGUCCGACUAACAACUAAAUUCCUUACCUAGGACCAAGGAAGAGAGGUCGUCCCCUCGGAUCCUUAGGAAAGAAGAGGAAACGCGCUUCUUACAGGU